CACUUUUCUUCCUCCUCUGAGCGCCAGCACAUCUAGAGCACAGAUGUCAAACACCAGCAGAGAGCUCUUCUGCCCCCUGCUGCAGGACAUGCGGGAGCAUAGCAAUAACAACAACAGUCAGGCCAAUAUGGUGGUGAUUUGCAUCCACAGUCUGUUCUCCUGCUUGGGGAUUCUUGAAAACGCUCUGAUCCUCUGGGUGGUUGGCUUCCGCCUUCAGCACCGCACCGUCGCCUCCAUCUGGGUGCUCAACCUGGCCCUGUCUGACUUCCUAGCCACCCUGACACUCCCCCUCUUCACAUCUUACCUUUACCACUCCCACAGCUGGGAGCUUGGCAAGGUGCUCUGCAAGACACAGGCUUCCAUCUUCUUCAUAAACAUGUUUGUGUCAGCCUUCCUGCUGGCCGCAAUUUCACUAGACCGCUUGCUUCUUGUAGUUAAGCCAGUGUGGAGCCAGAAUCAUCGGUCAGUGGCAGGAGCAUGGAAGGUGUGUGGAUUAGGUUGGCUAUGGGCUGCACUGAAUACAAUACCUUACACCGUGUUUCGCUCGGUAACUGAGAAACCGAGGGGAGGAAAUUUGUGCUAUCAUAAUUUUGCUUUGAUUUUAUCCUCCCAAGCAACACUGAAGAGAGACUGUGAAGUUAGACAGGCAGCAACAGCCAUCUCCAAGUUGCUGCUAGCAUUCUUUUUUCCCUUGGUGGUGAUUGCAGGGAGUUACAUCCAAAUAGGUCUCAAGCUGAGAAGCAGGAGCAGAAGGAGGAAGCAGAGCACCACCAGACAAACAGAUCUACUGAUCAUGUCAAACAAAGACCGAGCAUCAGGAGCUACAAACACAAAAACUAACUUCCUUAAGUCUCUGUCCUCGAGUCCAACUUUAGCUUCGACGCCAACUACCAUCUCUAAUCAGACCAAUCUGGGCCAGAUGUCCCAGAGCUUCAUCAGAAUGGUGACAUUUGUGAUCACUGCAUUUGCACUGUGCUGGGCUCCCUAUCACAUCUUCUGCAUCAUCGAGCUAACGGCACAUUACUGGAAGAGCAAUCGCAAACUGGUGGAGGUGGGGCUUCCCCUCGCUACAACCAUCGCAUUCUUAAAUCCAGUGUUGAACCCCAUUCUGUACGCCUUCAGCUGUCCACACUUCUGCGUAAGAAUACGACAGAGUCUAGGAGCAGUGUUUGACGGACUGGUAGAAGAGGACAGAGGGUUCCUAAUCACUCAAGGAAAGACCAUAAAAGCUCAUAUAAGGCAGAAAAGCAGUCAAGAUGUGAGCCCUGUGACACCAGGGUCAUUGAAGAGGUCAUUAUCACCCUGUCAAUCACCUGUUAUCGGACAUGCACUCCCUCUGCCUUUGGCCUCUGAAAACCUUGAAGAUCCUCACAUGGACAAAACAGGACAAGAAUCAAAAAUUGAGAUGUAGCAAAGCUGAGGUCCCACUUGGUUUUAGGGUUACAUUUGAAUUAAUG